CAAAACACCCAACAAAACACAGACACGGCAGGUUGGGUUUUUCCCAUUGGACUGGUAGCCUUGAAUGUUUAUGUUGCAGCUCAAUUAUCCUCUUACGUGGCCAAACCUCAAUCACCAUUUCAUAUGCUCUAGAUACUCACAAACGCAAUUCCCGUUCUUCAAUCUCCAAUUAAGCUUAGACAAACAAUAAAGUUUUUAUAUAUUUACGCAUUUAUCCUCUUCAAUCAACUGAACUAGAACUGUGAUAGUAUGCACUUUUAUUUUUACGAAAGCAGGUUAAUAAGUUAUCUAUCACCAUCAGUGUCUUAAGUGCAAUACCAUGUUCAUAAAUUAACAGAAUCUGGUUCCACCUCAACCCCUUCUCUUUGGUUCUCUAUCCAUGUCUCUAGCAGUAGCAGUUUCCUCACCAAAAUGGCUGACCAAUUGUGUUCAAGCACUCACCUCAAUUCUAUGUUGUGUUGUUUUCCUCAUGUUUGAUUUUCUUGAUGCUGUUUUCUGCGUUAUCUAUAGAUUCCUUGAUGAACGCGUUGAAGGGGAGGCUUCCCCUUGUUGCUGUUCUAACCGGGAAAUGCUGAAGAGGAGGAUGAAUGUGACAGAUGAUGAUGGUCUAUCAGAUAGCUUGUAUGAGAGGAAAAACACUUUUAGAGAAAUGGGGUUCCUUCAAUUUGGGAGAAAAUGUGAAGAUUCCAAUAGAAAACAUGGUAGAGGUGGUGCAAGGUCGGUGAACCGUUGGUCUGAUUGUGGCUGUGAUUCUUGCCUUUCAUGGGUCAAUGAUGGAAGUGACUAUAAACUUCAUUUUGUUGUGAAGGAGCCCUUGUUGGCCAAUGGUGAGAACUUCAGGGGAAACCACCCUUCUGAGAAUGCCAUAUUCUUGCAUGGAUUUCUCUGCUCUUCCUCAUUUUGGACACAGACAGUGUUUCCAUGUUUUUCUGAAAAAGUGAAUAAAAAUUACAGAUUGAUUGCCAUUGACUUGCUGGGAUUUGGCAAGAGUCCAAAGCCAAGAGAUUGCUCAUACACUUUGAAGGAUCAUGUGGAAAUGAUUGAGAAAUCCGUGAUUCAACCGUUGGAGUUAAGUAGUUUUCAUUUGGUUGCACACUCCAUGGGUUGCAUAAUUGCAUUGGCCUUGGCUGCCAAGUACCCCAAGUGUGUAAAAUCAAUCACCCUUGUUGCUCCUCCAUACACUUCUUCUGAGGGAAAUGAAGCUUGUCUAAAUGCACUAUCAAUGCUUGCUGGAAAGAAAUUGUGGUCCCCAUUGUCAUUUGGUUCUUCAUUCAUGUCAUGGUAUGAGCACUUGGGUCGCACAGUUUGCCUUGUCUAUUGCAGAAAUCACAGGAUAUGGGAGAGCAUUCUAAAAUUCAUUACUCGCAAGAGGGAUCUUCCUUUCUUUACCAUAGACUUGACCAGGCACACCCAUCAUUCAGCUUGGAGUACCAUGCACAAUGUGAUAUGUGGGGGAGCAAAAUUUGUGGAUAGUUAUCUAAUGAUUUUGACCAGAGUUGGAGUUAGAAUAAAUGUGAUUCAAGGUGAUAAAGAUCAGAUUGUCCCAAUGGAGUGUUGUAGUAAGUUAAAGUUGAAGGCUCCUAAUGCGGAAAUCUGCAUCAUUCCAAAUGCAAACCAUGGCACUGUACUUUUUGGCAGAAAGAAGGCAUUUGCAUAUAGUUUGGAGCAUAUAUGGGAAUCUUGCUGUUGAUAUAAAGUGAAUUUCUGUGGUGAAACAUGGCAAUUUCUUUUUGGGGUAAAUGGCAAGAUAUGAAAUUUUAAUUUUAGGGAUAAGCUUAGAAGUGAGAUGAAAAAAUGGUAUCAUUUAUAGAUGUUGUUUGAGAAAUAAAAUGAAAUCCAGAAUAGCCUACUAAUGCCAAAAUGUUUACAGCAUAAUAAAAUACUGUAUUUUUUAUAUUUUAAAA